AUGGCAUGUAUAAACAGAGCCAGUGAAAUAAUUCAAAAACUCAAAGCAAGCAAGCAACAACUCCUGGAGGAGAUAAAUGAAAGGCGUGAAUCUAAUUGCUUGGUGGAAAGAAGCAAUCAAGUCAGUUUACUGAGAGCUCAAAAGAGGCAUUUCAAUGGUGUUCAUAAAUUACCUGAUCAUACCAAGACCAAGGAAUCAUCCAUUCCUGAAAGCGGAAGGAGCUCCUGGAUCAAACUGAGUCUCCUUGUUCACACCGAAAAAAAGCACUUUCCAACAAAAAAUCAUGCCAUAUUUGGAUAA